AUGCCAAUAAAAGCCCUCCUCUUCGACCUCAUGGGAACAUGCUGUGACUGGAAAUCGUCCAUCCAGCCCAAACUCGCCUCCAUCCCCGUCUUAUCCGCCCGCCUCUCUGACGCUGAGAUCGUGCAGCUGGCCACCGACUGGCGCGCCGGUUUUUUCGAGGAGAUCCAUGCUCGGUUCUGCGCUGGCGCUGAGCCUGAGGACAUCGAUGUCACUCAUAGAAGGGUUCUUGAUCGGCUUCUCGCGGAGAGGGGGAUUGGUUUGGAGGAGUGUGGUGACGGGGAUCGGUCUGCGUUAGUUCGGAGUUGGCAUUGGCAGCUUGCAUGGCCUGAUACUGUGGAUGCCAUUGAACGAUUAAGGAAGGAGUAUAUGGUCGUCGUCCUCGCGAACGGCACCACUCGCCUUCAGAUGGAUAUCGUCAAGUCAUCUGGGAUUCCGUUUCAUUCGCUGUUCUCCUCGCAAUUACUCGGUUCUACCAAGCCGGAUCCAGCUAUAUAUCGAAAAGCCCUCGAUCUCUUGCAGAUCCAGCCAGAUGAAUGUGUCAUGGUAGCUGCGCAUGCCUAUGACCUUCGGGCUGCGAAGGAGGUUGGGAUGCGGACGGUAUAUGUGCAUCGUUCCACCGAGGACGUCGAUGAAGAUAUGGACGUCGUUCGUAGGGAUGUAGAUCUCUUCCUGACGGCUGAUCAGGGCGGGAAGGGUCCGCUGGAGCAAUUGGCUGAUUUGAUGGGCGUCCUAUUUGUAGAUUGACUUGCUGAUUGUAGACAUGGCAUCCUACGAUUCAGGACCGUAAAACUUUUUGUUGAAGACUA